GGGAAACCAAGGCACAGACCUCUGUCAGGGGACCCAGUUCUGCCUCCACAGCUGACAAGCCCAGCUGGGAGGGGGACCCAGGCACGCAGGCCCCCAUCUCUCGCUAGGUGGGCAGGCAGAACUCCACUCAUCCCACUGGCUUCUUGGAGUCAAUCCAGGCCUCCAAGAGAGCUCCUUCUGGGAAAGUUUAACUCCAGAGCAGUGCUCUGUUAACUCUUGCUGAGCUGGAGCCUACCAUCUCCUACCCCCCAGCCUGGAGGAUGUUUCUGGCUGGCCGGUAGGACCAUCUCCCUGUCCUAUCCAGGGUCCCCCAGUCUCACGCAGAGUGAAGGCGUACCACAGGGGUCCUGCAGAGAGAUGGGGGAUGGGGGUUCUGAGUUUUGUCUUGCAACAUGGAUGCUGACUUGCUCCCUCAAUCCCCCUCCACCCUUCCACCUUCACCCCUGUCAAUGGUUAACUUGUCCCAGCUGAGAAGGAGCCUAGCCCAGUCUGGGCAAGGCCCUUAGGGGAGCUCACAGAACCCAGCUGGCAUGGUGGGGGCUGUCCUGGGGUGCCUAAUGCAUGCCAGGGUGCUGACCACCAUAGGCAGGGGGUGGCAGGCUGUCCCGUGAGGCCCUUUGUGGGUUCCCAAGCUGUGCAAACAGCAGAGGUGUAGCUUACAGCUUCAGGGCUGAUUUCUAACAUCCCAUGGGUGGCAAGGCCCCGGGGCAAGGGUUCUGCCCUCAGCACGGCCUGCUCAGGGUCCUGCACAAGCAGACGUGUCACCAAAUGCUGCGUCUGCUCAAAAUUCCAAGUACCUUCCCUCCGCCCAUGCCCCCCUAGCCUCCUGUGACUAGGCAUGGACAUGUGGCUGCAGGCAUCUGGCUCUUUGCAACUUUGGAUACCUGGGAAGUUUGGCUAUUGUGUCACUUUUUUUUUUUCUAAAGCAAAUCAGAUUUUACACUACUUUGGGGUAGCUCACUAUUUAAAAGAAUCUUGUAGCCAGGUUAUCUUGUAAAACAAAGAAUAGUCUACUAAUUUAUCUGUUCUGCAAGUUCAGAUUUCCAUAGGUCAGGCUUGCCUAGAGGGCCAAACACCUGCUUACUGGUGCACGCAUGUCCUCCUGGACAGAAGGGACAGCAAGGCGUAGCAAAAAGCAUCUUGGAGAGACCAGAGUUCAAGGCCAGGAGACAAGGGCACCAGUGCCUUGGUGCCGUGGUAGAGGCUCCAGGGCAGGGUCCGAGGGCUAUUCUGACCUCUCUCUGUGGUUUUCUGACAAGUUCCUUGUGAUCUGUCGCUCCCUUUACGCCAAGGAGAGUUAAGCCCUGUGGAUGCCAAGUCCAAAUACCUGUUAAAGUGGGUAUAUUUUAACUGGCACAAGCAGAGGCCACUUCCUCUCAUGGAGCUAGGCAAUUUGGUGGUUACUGUCGGUUCAGGAGCUGGAUCCUCCACUCCCCACGUUCCUUGGCAGUGGGAGGUGGUGGGGCUGUGGACUUUGCCCCGGACCAGGUGGUGACUGGGGCACCCACAGGCCAAGCAAGCGCCCUGUCCCUCCUUCCCAGCCCUCCCCACAACUCCUUCCAGAAACCCAUUCUGGCACACCAAGUUCUGUGCAAGGCUGUGCUCAGCCCAGGUGGGGCAGACUGCCAAAGCAAAGCUCUCAGGCUGUCCCCUUGGUGCGCUCACCUCUCCAGGGUGCCCUGAAGGUAUUUAUCUGACUACUCACCCCUCCUUCACUUUCUAACUGGGAGCUGCACUAGAUUUCCCUGGGAUUCUCUUGCUACUUGAGCUCAGCUCGAGGGACAGAGCUGACAAAGUGGGAUCUGCUUCCUGGACAGAGAGAAAGCCCCACCCUCGGGUCUGAGAGCACCAUGACCGAAGUUGGUUGGUGGAAGCUGACCUUCCUCCGGAAAAAGAAAUCCACUCCCAAGGUGCUGUAUGAGAUCCCUGACACCUACACCCAAACUGAGGGCGGCGCAGAGCCCCCAAGGCCUGAUGGCGGGGGCCCCAACAGCAACUUUAACACCCGCCUGGAGAAGAUUGUGGACAAGAACACGAAGGGCAAGCACGUCAAAGUCUCCAAUUCGGGCCGCUUCAAGGAGAAGAAAAAAGUCCGAGCCACGCUAGCAGAGAACCCCAACCUCUUUGAUGACAGGGAGGGCAAAGGACAGUGAAGGGGGCCAAGGAGGAUGCUAGCACCUCCCCACUCCCUGCCAUCAGCUGGAUCUGAGACAGGAGCUCGCCACGCUGGCCUCUUUGGCCACAGCUGAAGCCUCGGGGGCAGUUGAUGCCUGCUGGCAGGAAACGUCUGGUUUUAGGUUUGUAUUUAUGUGCUCCAGCUUUCUGGAAGGCCUGAGAGAUCCCAGGUCCUCCCGCCCUCCCCCACCACACGCAAAGGCACUCCAGUUCAAGGAUGAAAAGUCCCACUCAGGAAGGACAGCCCUCCUCAAAGAGGUGGAAGCACCAGCAGGGAGGUGGGCGUGGAAGGAAUGGAACUGGGAGCUGGACAGACCUCACCCGCUCCUGGGGCACAGGGUCAAGGGUGAGUUUGAAUUGCUGCUCCCUCUACUUUCUCUACCUGUGAUUAUUCUCUGGAUCCAUUCUGAGAGUGCAUUUUCCAGAAGCCACGUGAUGCGGGGUGGCUUCCUGGAUCUGAGGCAGAGAUGCUGAACUUGAGCUCACCUCCUAACUCAGGUGGGAAACUUCCUGGAACUUUGCUCCCAGGUGUGCAGGGGGAGGGCAACCAUGGCACUCCCUAGGGGGUGCUGCGGAAGGCCAGAUUAGGGACCCCGUGGGUUCCUGCACAUACCCUCAAAGGAAAGCUACACUGCCCCGUGGGUCCAAACUCAGAAACGGGGUGGGAGGCUCUGACAGGAGCCCUCCUCCCCCUACUAGUAUUUAAGAUGGAUCAGCCUCAGAGAUGAGUCCUGCAGCCUUGAACUCUGUUUAAAAAAAUCAUCGUAGGUUUCUUUUUGUAAUAAACAAUGCUGCAAAAGCAGAGAACCUA